AUGUUAUACUGCCUCUACACGUUCAACCGUCUUAAACCCUCUCCCUCAUAUCUCCGUACUGUAUUCGCCCCUCACACUGUACCCAUUGGUGCCGCUCCCGCCCUCUCCCGUCGCCUCCUCUCUACCCCUUCCAUGGAUCUGCCUACUUACGUCGAGCGCCUCCGCGGCGGCGGCCCGGCCAAGUUCCCGGCAGAUGCCAAUUCGCUCGACUUUGCCCGGCAGCUGGACGGGCAGGACGCGCUGCGUCAUCUCCGCUACGAUUUCAUCCUGCCGACAAAGACGUCCAUCAAGAAGAAAGCCCUAGACGGCACACUUCCUUCCACGGCCAAGACGAACGGCGCUACUGCCACCAAUGGCAACGUACCAGAGGACAAGGAGGACUCCGACGUCGGCAUCUACUUUGUCGGCAACUCGCUUGGCGCGCAGCCCAAGGCCAUCCGCCACUACAUUGACGCGCAGCUCGAGACGUGGGCAUCAAUCGGCGUCAACGGCCACUUCAAUACCCUCGGCAACUCGCCCCUCUCCCAGUGGCAGGACAUGGCAGAGGACUGCGCGCGCCAGUCGGCCGCCCUCGUCGGCGCCUCCCCCGCCGAGGUCGUCGUCAUGAACACCCUCACCGUCAACCUGCACAUGAUGAUGGCCAGCUUCUAUAAGCCCGACCCCCUCAAGCGCCACAAGAUCAUCCUCGAGUGGCGGCCCUUCCCCAGCGACUACUACGCCCUCGAGAGCCAGGUCGCCUGGCACGGCCUCGACCCGGCCACGAGCAUGGUCAAGAUCGAACCCGACGACGAGAACUGCUACAUUUCCACUGAGAAGAUCCUCGCCACCAUCGACGCCCACGCCGACGACACCGCCCUGCUGCUACUACCCGGCAUCCAGUACUACUCCGGCCAACUGCUCGACAUGCCCACCAUUACGGCGUACGCUCGCGCCCGCGGCAUCGUCGUCGGCUGGGACCUCGCCCACGCCGCCGGCAACGUCGAGCUCCGCCUGCACGACUGGGACGUCGACUUCGCCUGCUGGUGCACCUACAAGUACAUCAACGCGGGGCCCGGCGCCAUCGCCGGCGCCUUCGUGCACGAACGCCAUGGCCGCGUCGAGUGGGAGGCCGGCCGCGACACCCCGACCUACCGCCCGCGCCUCACCGGCUGGUACGGCGGCGACAAGUCGGUCCGCUUCAACAUGGACAACCGCUUCGUGCCCACCCCCGGCGCCGCCGGCUACCAGGCCUCCAAUCCAUCCGCCCUCGAGCUCGCCAACCUCGCCGGCGCCCUCUCCGUCUUCGACAAGACGAGCAUGAAGGCCCUGCGCGACAAGGCCCUCGUGCUGACCGCCUACGCGGAGCACCUCCUCGACGGCAUCCUCGCCGACGGCAAAGGCGACGACGCCCUGUUCCGCAUCAUCACCCCGCGCGAUCCCCUGCAGCGCGGCACGCAACUCAGCGUGCUCCUGCGCGACGGCCUGCUCGACGACGUCGCCGCGGCGCUGGAGCUCAACGGCGUCCUCUGCGAUAAGCGCAAACCCGGCGUCAUCCGUGUCGCCCCGGUGCCGCUGUACUCGCGCUUCGAGGAUGUCUGGCGGUUCAUGCAAAUUCUGCGCGGCGCGCUGAAGCUGUAG